GGUUUUAUACCUACUGUUUAUGGGAUCUCGUUCAAUCGGCGAAGCAAUGUUUCACAUGCGGCCUCAUCAUGGAGGCAUGUAAACACUGCCAUCCUCAAGCUGUCGAGAAUUCAAGAGUUUAUACACUAAGCUUCGCGGCUGAUACGAAGUUGUCAAGCGAAAGCCUGUCUUUGGGCGUAUGGCCUACUGAGGGCGUGGCGGACAUGACUCAUAGAACAUCUCGAAGGGUGAACAUUUAUGCAAAACCGGGAGAGCCUUGUCCUUGGCCGCUUUUUAAACCGUGGUCAGGUGUCUCGAAGGAUAGUGAUCAACUUGCUGAGCAAAUCUUGAGCUGGAUAAAGGAUUGUGAGAGACACCACGAAGAUUGCCGCAUGCCGCAUGCGCCAAUACUCCCCAAGAGAGUUGUUCAAAUCAUGUCGGAUACGAUAGGAACUCUCAAAGUCCGUCUUGUCGAACCUAAGUCGCUCACAGAGGGUCGCUAUGCGUGUCUUAGCCACUGUUGGGGGGAAACUCAAAUCCUAAGAACUGUGUCUGACAACAUCAAAAGACUUGAGGAUGAGAUCCCGUGGAGUUGCUUAUCUAAGACAUUCCAGGAUGCCAUCGAAUUCAGCCGCAUCAUCGGCAUUGAGUAUAUUUGGAUUGACUCUUUGUGCAUCAUUCAAGAUUCUGCGGAUGACUGGGAAAGCGAGGCCGCAAAGAUGGCCGAUUAUUAUGCCAACUGUCACAUUACCCUAGCAGCAACAGCUGCAAUAGAUGGAGGCAUCGGAUUCUUCCCGGAGCUGCCUGAAUACGACAAACCAUUAGAGAUCCAGGGUGUGCAUCAUGGCCAACGCUAUCACCUGAUCGCCGAGACAGGAAUCUCACAUCCGUAUGAAGUGCAGCCGGAUUCAUUACUCAUCCCAGAAUUUCCUUUGAUGACUCGCGGUUGGGUAUACCAAGAGCAAAUAUUGUCCCGCCGUUAUGUCCAUUUCUGCGCUAAAGAAAUUGUCUGGGAUUGUCGAUCUCAGACCCUCUGUCAGUGUGAAUCAAAAUAUGAGAACACACACUGGGACCUCUUCCGCACAAACUCUAGUAGGAGUAUCAUGCGCAACAAUGUCAAGACUGGAAGGGCAGCUAGGCAACGGGAACUUUGGUACGACAACGUCAUGAAUAUGAUGGACCUUGAAUUUACCUACAUAAGCGACCGGUUGCCAGCCAUGGCUGGGAUUGUCUCCCAGUUCGCUACCCUGUUUAACACGAGGUAUCUCGCCGGGCUGUGGGAGGCCACUUUUAUCAUUGACAGCUGCUGGUCAAUGGACGAGUUUAGUCGUCGACCAAAAGAGCUGAGAAAUAUUCCGUCAUGGUCGUGGGCAUCCGUUACCGGAGGAAUCGACAUCACUUGGUGCCAGCGACCCUUGACAGACGAUACCGUCAACAUCUUCUCUAAAGUUGUACAUAUAGACUGUGUAUCUGAGGGUCCUUUGUAUCUUGGGCGUCUUGGCAAGGGUCUAGUCACGCUGAAGGGACCGGCUCUGAAUGCAAUUAUCAGAGUUCGUACUAAUGACGAACCCAACCCGUCUCCCGAGAAACUCUUCACUCUGAAUUUUCACAGCGUCGGAGACAUUAGUCUCGGGGAAUCAACAAUCUCCGGUUGGUCUUUCAGUCCGGAUGCACCAAACGAUGAGACCAAUAUUUGCGAUGAUGGGAAGCUGAGGAUCAUAAAAAUGAUGGCGGGGCAUCUAAAGAGAACAGGAAGAGAGUGGGGGGUAUUUCUUGUAGUGCAAAAGGUGGAAAAGCAGGAUAAUUGGGAGAGAAUUGGACUAUUAUUUGGUAACAGUCUAAGACGAAACCAAGGAGGCAAGGAAGUUUGCUUUUUGAAAUGGUUCGAAAGCGCCGCGCAAGAGCAAAUAACACAGAUUGAGUAAUACGGGCAAGAGGUUUAGUGCCUUAUGCAGCCUGCAUGUAAGGACUAUUUCGAGCCUACGGAGUAUAGAUGCGCGAACUAGGAUUGAGAGCUGCAAGACUUCUUCAAGACUUCAAUUCUCUUAUGUUGUUUGUAUUUCGGGUGCGUUAGUAGAGCAUAUUUCUCAGCCCAUUUAUUUGAGCGACG